AGAGAUUUUCUGUUGGACGACAAAAGUAGGGAGUGAAAAUAGGAAAUUUAGAAAAUGUCUCUACAUGUGGAGCACCUGAAACUCGCAAGAAAUAUCAGUAGACAGAAGAAACACUCAAGAAACAGUGCAGGUUCAAUUAUAAGUAAUGUUUUCACUAGGAUAUUUGGGAACUUUCGGAGGAAAGAUCCUCAGUGUCAGGAAUUUGUGAAAGGAAUCCUAUUAAGUCCUUUAUUUAAGAUCUUUAUGAUAACCGUCAUCACAUGUGAUGCCAGCUUUCUAGUCUUGUGGACCAACUAUGAAGCAAAAUAUCAUUUAUUCAGAUUAUAUGAGGUUUCACAGAUCUUCAUUAUAGCUGUCUAUAGUGUCGAGUUCUACCUCAAACUCUAUGUGGACCCUAUUGGUUACUGGGCGAAUGGAUACAACCUGCUAGAUAUAUGCAUCAUUGUCAUUAUUUCUAUUCCCACUGCUAUGAUCAGUAUCAACGGCCUGCACUAUCCCUACCUCAACAUUGGCAAUGGCUUGCAGUCUCUGCGUGUUCUCAAGCUUAUCACCUAUAGCCGUGGGAUACGGGCUCUCAUCGAAGCCAUGGGGCAGACCAUCUACACUGUCAACUCGGUGCUGGCCUUGCUCUUUGUCCUGAUGUUCAUCUUUGCUGUCCUGGGCUUCUGUCUGUUUGGAGUUUCAGAUGGAGGUGAUGUGGAUAACUGGGGGAACCUAGCUGUGGCCUUCUUCACCCUCUUCAGCUUGACAACGGUGGACAGUUGGACAGACCUGCAGCGUGAGCUGGAUGAUCGAAACUUCGUUUUAAGCCGAGCAUUCACCAUCCUCUUCAUCUUGCUGGCCACCUUUGUCUUCCUCAGCAUGUUUGUGGGUGUGAUGAUCAUACACACUGAGACCUCCAUUAAAAAAUUUGAGUAUGAUCUGAUGUUGGAGAGACACAUGAAGCUCGUGGAAGAAAAGCACAUGAUUCUGAAGCAGCAUCAGGAGAAGAUCGUCAUGUUGAUGCAGUCACAGAAAAAUGCUGGAUAUGAAAGUUUCAGUGAUUUGGUGAAAAACUUCAAGCAGACCCUUCAGCAUGAUGAUCCAAUGAUCUUAGAUGACUUUGGCACUAGUAUGCCCUUCAUCGAUGUCUACCUGACCACUCUGGACAACCAGGAUACUACGAUCUACACACUCCAAGAGUUGUACUAUGAGAUCGUGCAUGUGCUCAGCCUGAUGCUGGAAGAAUCGAAUGAGAAUCAGGAGCCUCAGCCUGAGAAUCAGCAGCCCCAGCCUGAGAAGACAGCUUAUGGGUAGCUUAGCAUAGAGUACACCGGCUAUAGCAGGCAACCCCCCACCCCACACCCCCCGAUUGAACACAGACUUUCUAAGUUUUUCUAUUUGGUCCCUGUGAUCAUAGGGUGUCUUCAUCUUUUGAAGUUCGACCUGGGUGGGUGCCCAUUAAGUGUAAUUCCCCAGAAUUUGCCUGCCCCUCUUCUUCCACCAGACACAGCUAGGCUUGAGGAGUGAGGAGACAGAGAGACUCAAGAUUUGCCAGAGGCCACAUGCAGAGACUGGCUCUCUCCUUCCUGUGCCCAGCAGGAAGGACCUCUGGGUUACUGGGGAAGACUCUUGAGGACCCGAGACCCAGAAGCACCUCCAUCCACCCCAUAAAAAUGUGUGACUCUUU